CAUGUUAAGAGAAAAUUAUAAAUUGUAUCAAGCAUUCUUUUAAUGAUUUGCAGUGAUGUAAUUUGUCUCUCGGAUCGGUUUAAUUGUUCAUAAAUUUCUCUCUUUCACAUCAGUAUUAAUCGAUAUCAAAUAAAGUUUGUAUUUUUAGCAGGCAAAGAAAAGAGACCUAAACGAGAUCCGAGCAUCUCUCCCACGUCUCAUCAAUUCAUACUGCCUCAUAGUCAUUAUCUUCAAAGCCAGCGACAUCUAUUGUAAAGUCGGACGAGCAGUUAAAUUGUAUUUGUGUCAGCAUUAACAUUAUCACGGCAAUAACAAUCCUCUGUAGCAAGACAUGGCGAAAGAGCACCCGAAACUACCUAUCCGAACGAUCCUUACACCAAUGACCCCAUGCUACCUUACGGUUGGGGCCAGUUGACAAAUAGAGGAAGAAUAAAUCAGUAUAAUCAAGGUCUGUUUUUGCGAGAACGUUACAACGACUUCCUAGGAACCUCAUACAGUCCCAACGUAUUCUAUUUACAAAGUACCUUCGUGGAUCGUACGAAAAUGUCAGCCAUGUUGGAAGCUGCUUCUUUGUGGAAGCCUAAUAAAGAACAGUUGUUUAAACCCGAUCUACCUUGGCAGCCAGUUGUGCUCUUCUACCAGAAACAGUCGGAAGAUACGCUUAUGUUAGUAUGGAAUACUUGCCCGAGGUAUACGGAGCUACGCGGUUCGGUGAACAAUUUUUCAGAAGUCCAAGAAGUAUAUAGGAAUAAUGAAGCAUUGUUCAAGGAGCUCACAAACUUUACGGGCAUGCAAAUUGAAAAUGCCGACGAUGUCAGUUCAUUAUACGCCACUUUAGCAGCUGAGGAAGGAGUAAAUUUGACUUUGCCGGAAUGGGUCAAGGAUUAUUAUCCUGAUAAGCUAAUACCUCUAACCUUGUAUUCUCUGAAAUUUAACACGUAUAACGACGAUUUUCGCAGAUUAAAAGGUAGUCCCUUGUUGAAAAAAAUCAUAAGUGACAUGUUGGCGAAAAAAGAGGGCACUUUGCAACCUAAAGAGAGGAAAAUGUUCCUGUUCAUUGGCCACGAUAGCACUGUUGUCGAUUUGUUAAACACGAUGUAUAUUUGGCACAAUCAGUUACCGCACUAUAAUAUCAUGACAAUGAUUGAACUGCAUGAAGACAAGGGCGAAUGGAAUGUUCAGAUAUUUUUACGGAACACGACAGCCCAUGAGCCGUAUCCGUUGACGAUAUCUGGAUGUACCGCCGUGUGUCCUCUCGAAAAGUUCGUGGAGAUACUUAGGCCGGUGAUACCGAAUAACUGGGACGAAGAGUGCAAGGUCGAUGGCAAUUUCGUAACACCACCAGCGCCACUUCCAUAAUUAUAGAGAUCGUUAUUUGUCACAAAUAUAACAUAUCGCUAUGUCACAAUUUCACAUAUAAUUGUAUAUUUUGCUCAUACUGUAAAUAAUUAUUAACACCAUUAAUGUUCA